AUGUCAAACAUAGCCAAUACAUCUCGUAUAAGCACACCCGAUGUAUUAUCCAAAGAAACAUCCAGCACUUCUCUAGCGGAAGGCCAAAAAAGCCCAGUUCCGCAAAUUUCUUACAACAAGAAGCUGCGAAAAGAUGCAGGUGCUCCUUCAGGAGCGGAAUCGCCCAAAAUAUCGCAGGGAACCAGGAAAGUUCUGUCACACCGUAAAAAGCUACAGGAGUUCUACAAACUCCACGCCGAGAAAAGUGAAACCAAUGAGAAGCAAACAGAGAGUCAGCCUGAUCCAAGUGAAUCUUUGUCAACCGCUGAAAAGUUGAAAGAUCCAGAAGAGCUAGAUCAGUUCAUCAAGAAAUCCAGUGCACCAGAGAUGCUACGUAUAAGAAACGAACUCGCACUGAAGUUAAACUUCAGAGAUCUGGAGAAAAAAACCAUCAUCUAUGAUAACUACUCGGAAUUGAUUAAAUUGGACCAGACGCUAGGGAGUGUCAAGAAAGGAUCGCUAAGGACCGCAGAAGAAGAUCGAUUCAUGUUGGCAAUGAGCGGAGAAAAGAGAGCGGAUUUCAAUCAAGUUUUUGAAGAAGCCCAGAAUUUUUUUCAAAAAGAGGCGAGCGUAUUCAAUCAGGACUUCCGCUCUGUCGUCCAGAGCGUCUUGGCUGAGGCUAGAUCUAAGCUGGAAUAA